UUUAAAUAAGGUGUGAUGGGCAGACAACUUUUCCUUCACCACUCGUCCCUUUCUCCUUAACAGUUUGAGGCAGCGAAUUAACCCAACAAAACCCAACCUCUGGGUAUGGGUUUACUGCUCCUCUCCCGCUUCUCUCUCUUAGUCUUAUUGUUUUUUCUUUUACAGCACUCACCAACAAAAGGUGAGGAUUUCAAUGCCAUAAAUAAUACCAAUGCCAGUGGCAGAACCAGAAGCUUAGCUUCUAACUGCAACUGGUUCAGAGGCAAGUGGGUUUAUGACCCUUCCUAUCCUCUCUACGACCCCUACAAGUGCCCCUUCAUCGAGGGUGAAUUCGACUGCCAAAAAUAUGGUCGACCUGAUAACACGUAUCUGAAAUACCGAUGGCAACCCUUCUCCUGCAGUCUCCCCAGGUUCAAUGGGCUGUAUUUCUUGAGGAAAUGGAGAGGAAAGAAGAUCAUGUUCGUGGGUGACUCACUCAGCUUGAAUCAAUUCCAGUCUUUGACAUGUAUGAUUCAAGCCUGGGUUCCAAAUUCCCAGAUUUCAUACAUCAAACGAGAUGGCCUUACUUCAGUUACCUUUCUGGAUUAUGAUGUGAAUAUAAUGCUGUAUAGAACGCCGUACCUGGUUGACAUAGUGAACCAGAAGUAUGGAAGAGUGUUGAAGCUGGACUCAAUCAGGGGCGGUGAUUCAUGGAAAGGAGUGGACAUGCUGAUCUUUAACACGUGGCAUUGGUGGACCCACACCGGAAGAACCCAGCCAUUUGAUUACAUAGAAGACGGUGGGAAAACGUGGAAAGACAUGAACCGUAUGGUUGCUUUUUACAAAGGAUUAACAACGUGGGCUAGAUGGGUGAACCGCAAUGUGGAUCCUUUGAAAACCAAGGUUUUUUUCCAGGGCAUUUCUCCAACCCAUUAUGAGGGAAAGGAUUGGAACAAGCCAACAGAGUCCUGCUCGGGACAGACACAACCAUUCUUCGGGAUGAGAUACCCAGGAGGCACACCCAUGGCUUGGGUUGUUGUGAAGAAGGUCCUGAGUAGGAUUAAGAAACCGGUGUUUUUGCUCGACGUUACCGGACUCUCUCAGUACCGAAAAGAUGCACACCCGUCGGCAUACAGAGGCAUGGACGGCGGGACUGACUGUAGCCAUUGGUGCCUUCCAGGUGUGCCAGAUACUUGGAACAGUUUACUUUAUGCAGCUGUUUUUUAGUGAAUUUAGGCAGGAAGAUGGAAAACCAUUUGUUUUCCACCCUAACCAACUUCCUUUUUCUGUGAUAAGCAAUAAGAGAAAAUAAUGAUAUCAUAAUUCAACUGUAAAUUAUAAUUUGUUUGAACAAAUUUGAUUUGCUCAUUCCAACUAUUGUAAUUUUCUUAUUCUUGUGUGUCAUUUUUAGAAAUAAAUGUAAGGCAACCUUUUCUCUCA